GUCCAACACCAAUGGAGACUAGGCUCUAAGAAAAGCUGUCACGGGUGUGGACCAAUCAACUUCAAGAACAGUGCAUAUCAUCAGAGUUGUUUCUUUUUGUUUGCAUUUUGACUGCUUGUGUUGUGGUUAUUUCAAACAUGAUGCCUUGUAUAAAGGUGUCAUUUUUUGUACCAGUUGAAAGGGUAAAAACCUAUUACAAUAAUCUUCUUGGUUCUUUCGGUAAAGUCACGUGACUUUACCGAAAGAACCAAAAAAAUUAUUGUUUUAUUUUUAUUAUUUUAUUACUUCCCUUCUAUGUAACUUUACCAAAAGAACCAAGACGAUGAAUCCCUGUAGCCACGAAAGCUUUAAAUCGAAAUAUUACAAUAAUGUUCACGUUGUUGAGCUCACGCACCCAAGAGAGGGAGCAAUGGAAAAGAAAUCUAAAUAAACUAAAACUCUUAACCCCGUUGAUUCGCUCUAAGACGUCACCACUCCUCAUCACCUCAUCGGUGUGAGACGCAGGGACGAGGUGAUCCCCGCUCGUGACGUCAUGUCACCCCAACUUCCCUCCACCGCGCUCUCUAGCGUUACGUCACGACUUGUUAGUCACUGCUUAUUUCCGUGACGGUAAAAUCCUUAUUUGGGCAAAACCACACCCGGUCACUGGCCUAUCCUUAACAUAAUUUAUCCAGUUACAAAGCCGUUCGUGGGGGGAGCGUGUUGUGCCCCGCAAGUGACGUCAUGUCACCUGCUGCCGCGUGACGUCACGAGAUACCAGGAGGGUGCCUCUCCUCGCGCGCAUUCACUGAGAUCCAAGGGGAAACCCGGAGGAUCCAGAGAAAAAUCUACGUGACCAUGGGGAGAGAGACACGCGAACUCCAAAUAUACAUUCAUAGUACAGGUUUGUUUGGGUUAGAUCGCGUGAAUAUAUAAAUGUGUCGUUAAACCCACUCCCACCCGACACAGCCAACUAGUAAGGUUUGUCACGUAAACAGAACGUGCCAAUUCGUCACUAGUACAGCACAACCGGUUGUGUAUUGGAGAGUCAAGCCACAACAUUUACAAUCUGAUUACGAUGUUUCUCCAGUAAUUGCAACUAGCUUCAUCAGGCGACAGCCGAAUGUGUAUUUUGUCACGGUUUUUUGGUUGUUAUACAAUCGCAGGGCUUGUUUGCUUCAUGAUGAGGACAGCUUUUAGAUUCGUUACCCUUUGAGAGCUUCAGGAUAGAUAAUGUGGGAUGUUUUGCCAUCUGGUGGGUUUAUUCGAAUGAAGCUUAAAUUUUGCCAUAUAUGUCGACAGAAAAUUGGUGGAAGAGCUCUUUGCAUCUCAAGAAGAGAUUGAAGCUGCCGUUUCACACCAUGAUCCUGAAGGCACAGAAGUCCAUUGCGAAAAUCGUAUUUUGUGUUGACAAGCCUGUUGCUGGGUCAGUUUGGCCAAGUAGGAAAUGGUAGCCAUCAUCACCUUGCCAGAAAAUCAGUGGAUAUUGAAGAGCACCAUGGGGUCGCUGUUUUUCAUUUCUGUGUAGGGUAUUAUUCCUCAGUUAUAAGACAAUGCCUCAAGUGCCAUGUUAUUCAGCAGUCAGAAUGAAAGCGACUUCAGAUGUUGAUGACAUCGUUGCAAUGCUGGUUAGCCUGUCUAGUAUUGUCAGACAUGCAAGUAGAUCUGUGGUAAUGUAGGUAGGUCAUUAGGUAAUGGCAGCAGACUGCCAAUGCGAUUAUGUAGCUGGCCCUGCAGUUAAAAUUUGGGCAUGGAGCCAGAUGUUGGAUUGAGUUGGUUGGUUGUCAAAACAUGUAAUUUGGAAGCGUGAGUUCUACUAUUGUUGGUUCGGAAAUGGCUUGCAUAGGCAGUGUUGCCAGGUAUCAAUACAUGAAUAGGCUCGGGAUGGUCAUUAAUUUAACUUUAUGGUAAUUACCGUAAUUAAAUGCUUUUUGGCGACUGUCCCAACGCGCACAUAAAUGGCGUGGAUCAUUCUGUUGUCAUGUCGUCCAAGCGCAGCGAGGACGAAUGCGCAGAAGAGCUGAACAAGCGAAUGCACUCCAUGCUCGGGUAUGGGCAGGAUCAUACGUCUUAUCCAAAGCUGCUCAAACUGCCUCUACACGACUUUAUUUGUCAUAACGGUAUGCAUAAUACAGUGAAACUGCUCUCUUCAUUAUUAUUUGUGACCUACCAAUGUCUGCAGCCAGGAUCAAUCGACAAUCCUAUUACCUGCAGAUAUUUAACAGAUGAGAUGUGUUGCACCGUUAAUUCCUCCUGUUUGAUAAUACUUCUCUUGUCCGUAUACAUCUGUGCAAACGCGUACUAUGGUAUGUACUGUUUACAAAGUGUGUUCACAAAUCCACACCGAGAAACACGAUGAUUGGCAGAGGGGUGUAAAUAUUUUUUUCAAUCAUGUAUUUAAAUAGAGGUACUGCAGUUUUAAAGAUAUACAGCAAAACCUUGGAUUGCAAGUAACUUGAUCUGCGAGUGUUUGGCAAGACAAACAACAUUUUAAAAUAAAAUUUCACUUUAUAAACGAGCGAGGUCUUGCAAUAUGAGUAGUACGUAUACACUUUGUCUGCCGAGCGUCACGUGAUCACAACUGAGCCGAUGGUUCUUCUCUCUUGCUGCGAGAUUGUGGGUAAUCGUCUCCCAUGCUCGGUCUCAGUCGGCGUGCCUCACUCGUAUAGUCAACAUCUGUGCGAGCGUAUACUGUUUACUUUAGUGUUGUGGCCACGUGUGUGCGUAAAGCAUUUUUUAAAUUUUGUGUCCAAGUGUAGUGACUUCUUUAGUAACUGUACUGCAACAAUGGCCCCCAUGAAGAAAAAGGUUGAAAAGGAAGGUGGUAAGAAGGAGGCAAAAGCAAGUGUCAUUGGAUAGGUUCCUUCUUAAAGUCGCACAAAAGGAAAAGAUUCCAGUGAGCCAACAGAUAGCAGUGAUUCCGUUGGUGACAGUGAAAGUCGUCCUACUCAAUAACCCUCCUCCUCUCUCUCGUCUCCCUCUCAUCAGCCACGAUUACAUUUAAUUAAUCAAUUUGAUUACUUUAUAUUUAAUUUAAAUAAUACAAAUAUAAAAAUGUAUUUUGUAUUAAUCAUUUUAAUAUGAAUAUUUUUGGGUUGUGGAACGAAUCAUCUGAGUUUCCAUUAUUUCUUAUGGGAAAAUUCGCUUUGAUAUAUGAGUGCUUUGAAUUACAAACACGUUUCCGGAACGAAUUAUGCUCGCAAUCCAAGGUUUUACUGUAGUUUAACAAUACAACACUUGCCACCAUCCUUCAAACCCAUUGGUCAAAAAGAGCAAAGUUUUUGAUUACAUUUUCAUCUCAUGUUUAUGCGAGAGCCCCAGGGGCUUAUGGGACCCCGGGGUCCCGCCAUCAAGUUCAAUUGUAGGGAGCUGAACCAUGGUACUGUUGCAGCAUAGCCCUGGAGGGUCUCUUUAUCCAUGUCAUUGCAUGGCAUUAGUUGCAAGAAAUAGACAUGGAGGCAAUGGCAACUAAUGGAUCAGAAGUGUAAAUGAAGUGAAGAAUGUAUGAAAAAUAAGACUUUUCCUUUUGGCUACAGAGUUAGCACCUGGUUGCAGCCAUUGUGCUGUUUUCAAGCUGCCUUGCUUAAUGGUGGGCUGGAAUUUGAUUAGCUGGGGCAGAAGCCAUUUGUGCUGUUUUAGUAUUCUGUGUAGCUCAUUGCUUUUGAGGAGUUGCAUUCGAUGUAGGUUCAGGCAAAGCAGGACUGGUCACAUGCUGUCUUGCUUCUUGCUGUACUGGAGUUUCAUAAGCUGUAGGUGCAGCCAUCGCAGCACUUGUACGAAUGGAAUCAAUUAUUGUAAUCGCGUUUGGUGAAGAUAAAUGCACGUUUUCCACAAGGCACGUCAUAGGUGGAGGUAAAGUUGAUAAUCAGAAAAAGAGAAAAAAGAGUGUGUGAGUGAAUGCUGUGGUGAGAUUGUUAAUGAAAUGAUAGUUGGAUUUGUAAUCGUUGUAGGAAUGUGAAGACAUAGCCACAAAGGAACGAAGUAUAAGGAUGUAAGUUGUUGGAGGUAGUAAUUGUAGUGAUUGGAGUGGGUAUGAAUAGUAUGUGUGUGGUGGUGUGUGUACAUAUAUAAUUAUGUAAACGCGAGUGUGUGUAUGUUCAUGCUUUUUAUUCCUUACCAGGCGAUGUAGACUUGAUGUAUUUAUGUUCUUUGGGUCUUUCGGUAAAGUCAUGUAGAUAGGUUCAAAGAAAAUAAUAAUAAAAACACUAUGACGUUUCGAUCGGAACACAAGCGGUCGUCUUCAGGCAAAGGAGUUGACCUCUGAAGGCAAAAUGUUGAUAAAGGUUUGGGGAUGGGCGUGGCCCAAGUGUAUCGGCGGCAACCGAGGUCAUGGGCGGUGUACCACUUCCAAUGCAGCAACAAUGACAAUGCCAUACCACUGCCAAUGCAGCAGCAGCUAUGUUAAUAUGAGAGAUUAGCAUGUAAAUGUAAGAUCGCAGAGCAUCCAGAACGACGUCGGCGCACAAAGUGGCUGUGUUAGUGUGAGAAAUUCUGUUAGUCCAGAUUUUAGGGACUAAACAGGCAUGGCAUUGGAUAGAGAAGAGAUUGGAAAAUAGGAGGUGAUCAGACCUGCUGAUGACUGGUACCAGGAGUGUCAAGAUCGGCCUCUGUGGAGGAGGCUGGUGACGUAUGCUGCAGGGCAGUUGGAGGUAUUUACUCUGCAACAACAAUGAGCUGGCGUUUCCUCUACAGAAUUGGUGUGAUGGAGCAAAUGCACUCAGCGCAGCUCAGUACAAAAAGGCAGCAAUGUGACCAGUAUGCAAAUAGCUCGGAUCGUCCUGGAAACUUGACACAGCACCAGAGAACACACACAGGAUAUAAACCCUUCAAUUGCACUGUGUGUGCGAAGGCAUUUUCACAGUCAUCAGGUCUUCAGAGGCACCAGAGAAUACACACUGGAGAGAAACCCUUCAAGUGCACUGUGUGUGAGAAGGCAUUUUCACAGUCAUCAGUUCUUCAGAGGCACCAGAGAACACACACGGGAGAGAAAUCUUUCAGGUGCACGCUGUGCGGGAAGGCGUUUGCAUUGUCAUCACAUCUUCAAAUACACCAGAGAACACACACAGGAGAGAAACCCUUCAGGUGCACUGUGUGUGAUAAGGCGUUUGCACAGUCAUCGGAUCUUCCGAGACACCAGAGAACACACACGGGAGAGAGAUCUUUCAGGUGCACGCUGUGCGGGAAGGCGUUUAAACAGUCACCACAUCUUCAAAAACACCAGAGAACACACACAGGAGAGAAACCCUUCAGGUGCACUGUGUGUGAUGUGGCGUUCGCACAUUCAUCACAUAUUCAAAGACACCAGAGGACACACAGGCAUCAGAAGAUCCUCAAGGAGUGGAGUUUGAAAUUGGCUUGUGAAAGUCAAAGUGCUGCAAUGAGCCCAUCCCUCAUGAAACAAGAAGCAGAAUAUAAUCCCAGCUUGGACACUUUGAAAGGUAUCAAGGUGAAAUAUGAAGAGGCGAAGGUGAAAUGUGAAGAAAUUACAGUGAAGAGCGAAGAAAUGAAGGUAAAAUGUGAAGAUGAAGAUUCAACUCCAAAAUCAGACCUUCACAUCGAUGGAGGCAACGUGAAGCAGGAGGAGAUUUCUGACUCUGAAGCAGAGCGAGGCAACUUCCCAAAGUUUGUGGAAGUGGAGGUGUGGAUGGACUUCUUAGACAAUACAAAGUCAAAUGGAGACCCUGUCGAUAUGUAAGCUUGAGACAAUAAACUUCCAAUAGAUUCACCUUUGUCAGGCCUUUAAUUAAUUUUGACUUAAAACUUUCGUAACUGCAGGAAUUCAUAUGCUUUGGUUCUUUCGGUAAAGUCACGUAGAUAGAAAUUAAAUUAAAGCAAAAAACCCACGACGUUUCGAUCGCAACACAAGCACCUAAAUUCUACCUUUAAUGAAUGUCAAGUUGAACACUCGGUUCCUAGGUUUAACCUACAGAGUAAGAGCAGCCAGUAUUUGUGGACCUGUGAGUUGGCUAGAUCUCUAACCAGGAGUGAGAGCCAAUAAACUUCCAAGCAUUCACUAUCUUAUAUAUAAAUGUCAUUUUCUGUCUGUGUGUGUGUGCACAAUUGUGAGAGAUUUGGCUCUCAAAUCGUAUGGUUUAUGUAAAAAAAAUAGCCAGGUACCACUCCGUAAGCCCCGUGGUGAGUAAACGAUAUUCCCUUUUCCCCGUCCAUCAACUUUAAAGUCGUUAAAUUAGCUAUUUAGUGUAGUUUCCAUUUAUUUAUUAAAUAGCGCGUGAUCGGCCAUACCAACUCACACGCAUUUGGUGGGGGGGGGGGGGAAGGCCCCUACCAAGUCACGCAUUCGGUGGGGGUAAGGGGGACAUUUUCUUUAGUGUUAAACAUGCUAAAUUCCCCCCAUUCCCCACCCCGAUUCGUGCAGUUACUACUAUAGAGUCACAUAGAUACUAAUAUAGUGCUUACAUAGCAUUAUUGUAGCGCGGGCAGGGGGAUGGUGGGGGGGGAUAGCGGCCCAGCCUGCGAAGAUGCCACCUCUGUCAGGUUAGUAGUUUGGUCACACCACAGUCAGUAUGCUCUGCUGUAGUGAAAGCAGGUACCACCACAGUAUGCACUCCUGUAAUCAUAGCAAGCACCACCACAGUUGGUAUGCACUGCUGUUAUAGUAGGUACCAUCACAGUAUGCACUGCUGUGGUGAAAGGUACCCACCACAGUGGGUAUGCACUGCUGUAAUCAUAGAAGGUACCACCACAGUAUGCACUGCUGUAGUGAAAGCAGGUCCCACCACAGUAUGCACUGCUGUAAUCAUAGCUGGGACCACCACAGUCGGUAUGCACUGCUAUAAUCAUAGCAGGUACCACCACAAAUAAGAUGGUUCAAAUAAGUGUAGUUACAUCUUUUUUGCAUGGUUAAUUACAUCUUUCCAAUGAUUACUCAGUUUGUAACCCUCAUCACGGUUGAAAUUAUGUCUGUGUUUGUAUAUUUGUAUGGCUUCGUGUACAAACCUUUGAUGGUAGCCAGGAGGUUUGCAGAGCACCUUGGUCUCGGAAAAGACAAUUUCAUGAGAGCCCACAGAGUUGUAGCAAUGAUCGGCAACAGCCGAAGAAUCAGUUCUGCCGUGUUUCAGAUCUGACUUGUGCUCGCGGACACGAUCAGAAACAUGACGUUUCGUUUCUCCAAUGUAGCAAUCACCACAACUGCAACUCAAUUUGUAGACUCCAGGAUACUGUAAGUCAGGAACGACAUCCUUCACAGAUGGAAUCAGAUCACGGAUUUUAUGCACUGUACUGAAUCAGACUUGGAUCUUAUGUUUGUUUAGGCUCAGUCCUUUAUUAUGCAGUCUACUCUUGGUCUUAAGCCUCACCUUACCAUAUUUUGCGAGUUCAGAUGCUGAUGUUACUGAUAGGUUUCUUAGCAUUUUUAAGGAUGGUGGCAAUUUCAAAUCUAGCAACGUCUGUCACGAUGUGUCGCAAGCCUUUCAGGGCUACGUCGACUGGGGGAUUAUAUCAUCCACUGGGAUAUGUUUAGGGGUGACUGCGAAAUUCAACCUCUUAGCUCGUACCGAUUUUAGGCUGUCUGAAAUUUGGAUAUUACUCUGAUUGAUGACAAUCUUGUUGACAUCUAACUUUUGAACGUGUGGCUCUGGCUUCUUUUUUGACAGGAGGUUGAAUUUAGCGAUCAAGUUAACUUUGGUUGACAUUGAAUUAGCAGAGGAGACUGUCAUGUUAUCUACAUGGUCCCAAUCAGAAGUGGACAUUUUUUCUGUUAAUUGUAAGUGUGAUUGUAAGACAGUCUUGUCUAAAUGAUCAAGUUCAAAUCGGAGCAAUCUUUUUCUCUCUGAGAUUAGCGAUAGGCUGGCUUUAAACAAGAUCCGUUUAGCGUUAGAAAUCACAGCAGCAGAUGUGAGUGUAUCGCGGCAUCUCUUGACUUUACUGAAAGAACUAAAGAGUAUAGAUUCCUGCAGUCACAAAAGCUUCAAGUCAAGAUUCACCUUCAAAUAGUUCAAAACCACUGCUCUGAUACUUUAUUUUCUUCUGCUUUCACUCACUGGGGUUGUACUCAAUUUGAAUUCUAUACAAUAUCUGGAAAAUCACAGAAAAAUGUAGAAAUUUUAUCAUAAUUUAGAAGAAAAAAUGUGACUUACCUUGUUUCAAGAGCUGAAGAAAUAAAAAAACACCAAAAACACUUUGUUGCUGCGUAGAAAGAUUUAAUUAACUUUUUCAAUAAAGAAACGUCAAAUUUAAAGUGAAUUUGCGUAAAAAUAUUUGUAUUUCCGCUCGACCAUCUUCUGCGGGAGUGUAAAAAUCCACCCGCUCAUGAUUAUUGACCGGGGGGUGGGGGGGCUUCUUUUACAGUGACG